CAGACCCCCCGCCCGACAGCCGGGAGGCAGGCCCAGGCUUCCCGGAAGCGCCCUGAACCUUCGGCUGGGAAGGAAGUGACGCGCCGACGUGCUGACGCGCGGGGUUCGUGCCGAGGCCCCGAUUCCGCGCCCGCCAUGGCCGACAAGAUGGACAUGUCCCUGGACGACAUCAUAAAACUCAACCGGAGUCAGCGGGGCGGCCGCGGCGGGGGCCGGGGCCGUGGCCGGGCCGGGGCCCAGGGCGGCCGCGGCGGUGGGGGCGCACAGGCGGCAGCCCGCGUGAGCCGAGGCGGGGGGCCCAUCCGGAACAGGCCGGCCAUGGCCCGUGGAGGCGCCGGGGGCGGCGGCAGGAACCGACCCGCGCCCUACAGCCGACCAAAACAGCUUCCAGAUAAGUGGCAACACGACCUGUUCGACAGCGGCUUUGGAGGCGGGGCCGGCGUCGAGACCGGUGGGAAAUUGCUGGUCUCCAAUCUGGAUUUUGGGGUCUCAGACGCGGAUAUUCAGGAACUGUUUGCUGAAUUUGGAACUCUGAAAAAGGCAGCUGUACAUUAUGAUCGGUCUGGCCGGAGCUUAGGAACAGCAGAUGUUCACUUUGAGAGAAAAGCAGAUGCUCUGAAGGCCAUGAAACAGUAUAAUGGUGUCCCUUUGGAUGGUCGCCCUAUGAAUAUUCAGCUUGUUACAUCACAGAUUGAUACACAACGAAGACCUGCACAGAGUGUAAAUAGAGGUGGAAUGACUAGAAACCGUGGUUCUGGAGGUUUUGGUGGUGGAGGUGGCACCCGGAGAGGCAAUCGUGGAGGCAAUCGAGGACGAGGCAGAGGGACUGGAAGAAAUUCGAAACAACAGCUUUCCGCAGAAGAACUAGAUGCACAAUUGGAUGCUUAUAAUGCCAGGAUGGAUACCAGUUAAACUAGCCAACAUAUUCCCUGCAUGGAACAGGACCCAGGAAUCUCAUUCUUUACCCUUCUCACUGGAGGGCGGAGUAGAGGACUGUGGCUCUGCUAUCAAUGAUGGAUUUGUUUCUUUUAUGUUUCGAAAUAGGAUUUAAAACUCAUGUAAAGGUUUUUUUUUUUAAUUCUGAAACAGACCUGUUUUGUACCAAGUUAUUUUUGGGAUAAAUUUUACUGGUUGCUGUUGUGGAGAAGGUGGCGUUUUCACCUUUGCCAUAAUAAAAUAGAAAUGUGUGUAGAAGUGGAACUGUUUGCUUCAUCCCACUGCUAGUGGGCUGUGUACGUGGCGCAGAAUUUUCAUGUCCGAGUUGGUAUGUUGCUAAGUAGACUAGAUGAAAAGCUUCCAUUGGGAUUGCUAUUUGGUCUGACCAUACCAUCCCAUUCAAAAAACGAAUCUGUUUUGAAGAACCCUGUUUCUGGCCCAGAUGUGCACAGUGGGGUCUCAUGGAUUUAGAGGUGAGGUUCAAAAGGGUGGAUUGGUUAUGAAAAAACGAUUGUAAAUGUAUUCAACAUGAGAUAGGGUUGAAUAUACUUUUAUAUAAGGGGUGAAAGAGGUUUCCCAUCAACAUUUAUUGGAACUAUAAAACUUUUUUUGACAUUUGUUUUUCUUCAUGCUCUGAAUCAAAUCCUAGAAUUUACUUUUUAAAAAAAUCUAACAAUCCUGGCUUUCCCAGUGGUCUUUGGGACAAGGAAUUAGGGGCCAGUUAACUAAUUUCUUGGGCACAGAGCAUAAUACCCCGUUAUCCAGGAAGCUGGUAGUCUACAGUAGACAGGGUGGCCUCUGAAGAACUGGGGUAGUGACAUGCUAAUGUUUGCUUAUUCUGCUUUGAACAGGAUAGUUUCUGAUCCCAGGCCAGAACCACCCACUUUGGUAACAAUGCUGUACCAGUGUGCCCUGUAUUUCUGUGGCAAAGGUAAAUUAGUAGCCCAUUUCUCAGAUUUGCUGCCCCUUCCCUCUCCUAAUAUCUUUAAAGUAAAUACAAGGUGCUCCCUAACAACCCUGUUCAGAGGGAGUGGAUUUUGGGGGUUUUUUGUGCAGUAGUAUGCACAAUUGAAUCUUUCACCUCUUUGCUUUGUGGUUCACUGGAAUAUACAAGAGGGGGAAAAAAAUUCCUUGCUUACUCAGGAAUUAUUUAUAAAAACGCUUGGGAUUUCUCAGAAGUGAGCUGGGCUGGUAAAGUCCCAGUUGGCCAAUCUUGUGAACUGGAUUAAGGAUUUAAGGAUGUCAAGCUACUUUUGUAGGGACUCCAUAUGCAUUCCAGAAGCCUUUCCCCAGCAGAACCAAUACCAGUGUCCUAUGGAUAGAGGAAGCCAGUGGAAAGUCCAUCUGGUUCAAAGGACCAUAGAUAGUGCCCAAAAAGUCAGUGGCAUGACUCAAGCCUACCGUGAGUCAUGCUUAAAGUAGGAAACUUGGCUAAAUGGGUGGCCCUUUUAAAGAUGGUUACCACAUCUAAUUGUCAUGAGGUCUAUGGCAUCACUUUAGUAGCUUUCCUUUUAGCUGGUACAGAAUGUGGAAGUCAUUUGACUGUUUUACUCUACCAGAACAACUCAGGGCAGAAGUUCUUUGAGACCCUGAACCUCCACUUUCAAGACCUUGGAUCGCAGUGGGCUAGUAGCUGGUUGUUAAGAAUCCAAAGGGAGACUAAGGCUGAGUUACCACCAACCCUAACCCUGUUGUUUCUUGGCUUAUGGCCAGGAUUGAGCAAUUUGUGUGAUCCCUGAGUGAUAAGGAAUCUAAUGGAGAUAAAUUAUAGUCUUAAGACUUGGGUUAAAAAAUAGUUGAUUUCAUAAGCAAAAGAUAGAAAGCUAUAUAGACUUUGAUUUGAAAAAGAUCAGAGGGUUUUUUAAGUGAAUUGUAAACUUAAUGGGUCAACAGAAAUAGUAUGGCAGCCAAAAAAAUCUUGUUAUCCUGGGCUAUGUCGAGACAGGCAUAGCUUCCAGGAAAAAGGUUCUAGUCCCUUUGCACUGACAUUGGUCAGAUUGUAUUCGGUAUAUUGUGUUAAGUGCUAGGUUGCCACAGUUUGGAAAGAAUGUUGAAAAGCUUAGGAGACAUAAAGACAGGGGAAAUGGAUUUAAUCAAAAGACUUGAGUCCAAGCCAUACAAAGAUAAGCUGAAGGUACUUGAGAUGUUUUACUUGAAGAGAAUGGGAGAACAGGAGAACUUUCUUAAAGUACUUUAAAGGCUCUUCUUUAAAGAGGUGUUAACUUUAUUCUGAUUGUUUCCAGAGGGCAGAACUCUAGAAGCAAUAAGAAAUUUUUGAAGUGACAAAUUUAGGCCAGAAUAGAAGGGAAAACUUCCUAAAAAUUGGAGUUUUUAAAAAAUGGAAUGGACUUCUUGGGAGAUGAUAGAUUUCCCCUCAUUGGAGGUACAUAUGCCGGAUCAUUUCUCUUAUGAGGAUUAUUUUUCUGCUAUGGAUUUAACAGCUAGCCAGUGAGUUCUUUUCCUUAUGACAACCUGGGAGGUAGGCAGAGCAAAUUUUUUUUUUUGGCAGGGCAGUGGAGGUUAAGUGACUUGCCCAGGGUCACACAGCUAGUAUGUGUCAAGUGUCUGAAGUCGGAUUUGAACUCAGGUCCUCCUGAAUCCAGGGCCAGUGCUUUAUCCACUGUGCCACCUAGCUGCUCCCAGAGCAAAUAUUAUUAACUAAUCAGCCUGAAGUCUCACAGCUGAGUUAGUGCUGGAUAGAGUUGGAACAGUUGGAACUGGAUCCCAGGUCCUCUGACUGAGAGUCUGCUGUUCUUUUCACUCUGUUCAUUACUUUUGCAAGGUGUAAAGUGUUCGUUCUCCAAGCAAUUUGCCAGAGAAGUUACCCAGAAAGUAAGAAUUAUAAAAAUGGAUGAAGUAAUAAUGUUGAGCUGCCUCAGAUAUUCAGUCACAAGAGAGCUUACCUUAGAAAACAAGUAAACUAAGAAAAACUUUCCUAUACUUAUUGCGUGUUUCUAGACAGAAUUGUUAAUAGAAUGAGAGCAGCAGAGAUAGAAUAUUUAAGCACUUGGAAGUAUUAUGUCACAAUGAAUCUCUCUGAGAGCACUAUUCCUGGCCCAGUGGUGAAUAGCAUGGGAUCUUAAGAGGAAAGGGUCAAAAGGUAGAUCAGUAAAUGAAAGAUUGCUGUAAAUUUAUUAAAUAUAUAUUUAUUCAGUAUGUGAUCAGAGGCAAAGAGGGGGUCUAGUCCCUAAAGAUAUUUAAAGAAAUAUUCAAAUAGGACAGCUGUUCAAUAGAGAAAAUGAAACAACUGAAUCUCAGUGUCCACUGGCUUCAGAAAUUGUCACAGGAAAUAGAAGAUCAAAAAAGAUGGCUGGAGCUAGGAUAGUGGACAAGUAUAAGGCACUUCCUUACAUUUCCAUUACCUGUUUCAUGAUGCAUUUCAACUUUAACCAUUUGUAUUAUCAGUCACUUGCUAUGUGCAAUAUACAAAGUGUUCAAUAAUGUUGAUUGUCAUUUAUCAUUCCUACAUAGAAUAGCACAAAAUUCUUCCACUUAAAUUUUAUUUUGAAUUUAUUUAUUUUUUUGGUGGGGCAAUGGGGGUUAAGUGACUUGUCCAGGGUCACACAGUUAGUAAAUGUCAAGUGUCUGAGGUCAGAUUUGAACUCAGGUCCUUCUGAAUCCAGGGCUGGUGAUUUAUCCACUGCGCCACCUAGUUGCCCCCUUUGAAUUUAUUUUUGAUCUUAUAUUUACUGACAUAAAUAUAAAAAGGUUGUACAUCACUGUCAUUUCCAGGUAUAUUACCUUUCCUACCUGGUGAACAAAAAUUGUAACAAAGAUGUUCAAAGACAGAAGAAAAGAAUUCCAUAAAAUCAAUAAACAAAAUUAUAAGUAACAUUCCAUAUCCAUAGUUCCCUACCUCUGCAAAGAACGAAGAGAGGUAGGUGUAGUUCUGGUCAUUAGAAUUACAGUGUUCAGUUUUAACUUUUUACUAUUUCCAUAUCAAAUGAGAAAAUAGCACCAAUACCUGGCACAUAGUAAGCACUAUAUAAAUGCAUAUUCUCUUUCCUUUUCCCUUUCCAUUUACAUUGUAGUCAUUGUGUAUGUUUUUCUGGUUCUGCUUCUUUCACCUUGCUUCAACUCAAAUCUCAUGCUUCUCUGAAUUAUUCACGUUUGUAAUUUGUUAUACCACAAUGUUAUUCCGUUACAUUCAUGAACCACAAUUUGUUUAGCCAAUUAAUGGGUGGUACGUACCUUCAGUUUUUUGUUACCACAAAAGUACUACUACUAUCUUAUACAUAUAGGAAUUUUCUGUUUUUGACCUGCUCCGGAUAUGUGCUUAACAGAGGGGAGACAAAGGGUAUGUACAUUUCUUGAACAAUUCCAAAUUGCUUUUCAGAAUGAAUCAAUUCAUACCUUUACCAACAGCCUUCCUGUCUUUCUCCAACUCUUCAAAUAUCAACUGUUUCCAUCUUUUGUCAUCUUUUUGGCCAGUUUGCUAGUAUGAGGUAAAAACUCAGUUGUUUUGAGCUAGUGUUUUUUUAUUUUUAGUGAUUUGGAGUCCUUUUGUAUGUUUGCUAAUAGUUUACAAUUCUUUUGAGAACUUUUUGUUUAUAUUUGACUACUUACCCAUUAGGGAAAGAUUCUUGGUUGUCUUAUUUGUUUUAAUUUAAUAUAUAUCUUGCAUUUCAGUCCCUUAGCAGAAAUAUGCAAAUUAUUUAAUCUAAUCAGCCCUUUUCCUUAUGCUGGUUGCAUUGAUUUUGUUCAUAGAAGCCUUUUAAUUUCAUGUAAUCAACAUUUAAAUUUUUUGUGGUGGUUGCCUUUUGUGUUAUUUGUGUGGUUAAGAAUUUUCCCACUAUCCAUACCUGCAAAAGGUACCUGAUCUUGUUCUCUCUAAUUUUUUAUAGCAACUUUUUAUGUUCAGAUCUUCUAUCUUAAGAUGAUUGUGGUGUAUAGUACAAGAUGUUGGUCUAAACUUCAUUUCUGACAAACUGUUUUCUAGCUUUUCCAGUAUUUCUUGUUGAAUAGGGUGGUAUCCCCCAAGUAGUUUAUGUUCUUGGGUUUAUUGAACACUGGAUGAUUGAGUCUGAUUGAUUCUGAUUGUCCCUACUGUGGUCUAUUCCACUGAUCUGUUUUUUUUUUAACCAAUACCAAAUGGUUUCGAUGAUUACUGCUUUAUAAUAUAAUUUGAGGUUUGGAAGUAUUAUCUAUUCCACUUUAAUUUUUAAAGGUUGAUUCUUUCCUUAGAAGGGUGGUUGGUUAUGGUUGUGGAAUUUUGCUCUCUGACUUGAUCAGUGUUUAGGUGGUUUUACCUGUUUUUUGUUACAAGAAAAGGCAGGCUCACAGGGUAGGGGGGGAGGGUCAGGGACAGAGACUCAAGAGUUGGAUUGUACCUUAGAUAUCAUCUGGUUUAUCCCUAAGGUUACAAAGCUUGUAAGUGGCAGAGCCCAGAUUCAAACCCAGGUCCUGUGACUUCAAUUUCACUGCUGUAAUAUAAGGGGGGGAAACCACAUAAAAUAAAACUUGUAAAAUUAAAAUUUUUUUUUUAUUAUAUGAACUUGACAACAAACAUUUCCUUACACAAAAACAAAACAAAACAAAAAAAAGGAUUGUAUAUGAUACUGUGAAUAUCUGAUGUAUGGCUUGGUUUUUUUAAAAAUAUAAAUUAAAUUUAACAUGGUAGUUCAAACAC